GCCCGGUCCCACCCGCAAGCUGUGUGCUGCCUGAGGCCACAGCGAAAUUGCCGAGCAGCCAAACGGACCCCAUCUCUGAAAACACUGGCAGGAGCUCGGUUCACGACAAUUCGAGGUCCAUCAUCGCAUCCAAUCCCCCCAGUCACCAUGUUCUCGCGACAGGCAUUGCUGCGCUCCGCGCGGACGGUAGCUCCCCAGCGUGCUUUCCUCGGCCAGACCCGCGCCUUCGCCGCCCCGGCCCCCCCGGCUGCCUCGAGCGAGAGGGUGAAGCCUCCAGUCGCCCUCUUCGGCCUCGACGGCACCUAUGCCACUGCUCUGUACACGGCCGCUGUCAAGACCUCCUCCCUCGAGCCCACCGCCAGGGGCCUCGCCGCCCUCGGCAACGUCAUCCAGAAGGAUGCGAAGCUUGUGACCAUCCUCGAGGCCCCGACCCUGUCCGCCGCCGACAAGACCGCCAUUGUCGCUGAGCUUCAGAAGAACGCCGGUGCCUCUGGCGAGACCGUCAAGAACUUCCUCGCGACACUCGCUGAGAACAACCGCCUGGGUCUUCUCCCUGGUGUCUGCACCAAGUUCAACGAGCUCAUGAGCGCCGCCCGCGGCGAGGUCGAGAUGGUGGUUACCAGCGCCCAGCCCCUAGACAACAAGACUCUAAACCGCCUCGAGUCCGCCGUCUCCAAGUCUAGCUACGUCGGCGCUGGUAAGAAGCUCAAGGUCAAGAACACGGUCAACCCCGAUAUUGUCGGUGGCCUCGUCGUCGAGGUUGGCGACAGGACAAUCGACCUCAGUGUCUCUGCCAGGCUUGCCAAGAUGAACAAGCUGCUCACUGACACCCUGUAAAUUUACUUCUUUUGUAGCAAUGGAGUUGUGUUGAGCUGGGAUCAUCUGGGCGUGCGAGAGAGAGACAGAGAGGGAAGGGGGGCCGAACCACAAGCAGGCUCGCGGUCGAAUCCGAGAGGAUCCCUGUGUACAUGAGCCGAAUAGACGCCGUUUCGCUGA